AUGGAGUUAUUUUCCCUAUGGACCAAAGCUGUGUUCAUCAACUUGGCCUUUGCUCUUUAUUCUGAAUCUGCUCUCAUCAAAUAUCCAACACACAAAAUGAAAAUAGACUGUGCGCCAUAUGCAAAUUAUAUCAACGAAUGCACCAAAGAGUAUUAUCCAAUCUGUGCAACUAAUGGAAAAACUUAUUGCAAUAAAUGUGUUUUCUGCACUUCACUGAGCUCAUUAUGGACCCAAAUCAUUUUCAUCCUGGCCUUGGUGAUUCCUUUUUAUCAUGAAAACACUUUUGCAUUUCCAACAGAAGUCGGUCAGAAGCCUAACUGUGACGUGUAUAAAAGCUCCCCAUUUAUGUGUACCAGGGAAAGGGAUCCCAUCUGCGCAACUAAUGGACAUACUUACAGCAAUGAAUGUAUUUUCUGCAGUACCAUGAUCUCUCUUCAGAUCGCUGACUCUUUUCAAUUUGAUGUUAACACACCUCUCUCUCAAGGACUGGUUCACAACCAGCCUACCGUGCUCCUUGGCAGACACCCUAUCAGAAUGUGUUUGGAGGAACUUUCCAACACCUGGAAAACUUUAUUGGAUGAUGAGUCCUCCUCAUCCCGAUGGCUGGUCUUCUUGCCCUUGGGAGCAUCUGAACUGUCUGACUGCAAGUUCUUACGGCAGCCAUUGUCUGAUGCCUUGGAGCAUCUAGAGACUAUCAGCCCCUAG